AUGAAGCGGAGCUCGCGCAAAGAGAGUUCGAAGCGGCGCGCGCUGAAGUCCCGGAGUGCCGAUAAAACAGCAUCCCAUGGGAAUUACGAGGCGGCGUUUGCGGCGCUUCGGGAAACCAUCCGCCGCGAGGAUGCGUUGCCCUACUCCGACCCGCCGCCGUGGAUGCAACCCGUGCGCCAUGCCUUGGGUGGUCUGCUGUUGGAGCAGGAUUGGGUGAGAGAGGCGGAAGACUUGUUCCGGGAGGAUCUAGGAUUUUCCAAGGACAAUCCGCGGCGCAGAGCGAAGCUGAACAACGCGUGGGGGUUGCAUGGAUUGUAUGAGUGCUUUACGCGCCAGGGGAAAACUGAAGAGGCGGUGUUUAUUCAGUCGGCGCGGGAUAUUGCCCUCGCGACGGCCGAUGUUCCGGUUAGAGCUUCGUGUUACUGUCGCGUGUCGGCUGUGAGGAAGAAGGCUGUGCUCUAUCUUGCUGCUCCCCGUUGCAUAGCCUCUUAA